AUGCACAUCUUUGACCUUCCACUCGAGAUUUUCCACAUGAUUCUGGAGCGGACAUUACCACCGCAUCAUGGAAGCCAUAUCACCCAAAUGCAGCUUGUCAACAAAAUCUUUGCCCGCGAGGUUCUGAUAGUUGUAUUCAUUACUCGCAAGUGGGGGCGCCCUCGCACCUGGGAGCCUCCGGCCUCCAGUUAUCUCUGUUACCGGGCCAUGGCUGAUGACGCGCACGUCUACUACACCAUCCGGACCGUGCGACAAAGCGUCGACUGGAUAGUGGCCCAGCUGUCAGCCGAAGAUCGCCGAGGGGAGAUAUGUCGCGCACUUUCCCGCUCGGCAGCCACCCGACAGCCCCGACCGAGUCCCUUGUUUUGGUCCACUCUAUGGGCCACCGACCGCGACGGUCUAGACGCGUCCUAUUCCGAAAGGAAAACCGGGCACGAUCAACCCAGCAAUGCUCCCACACAUCGCCUCUCUGCUGCAGCGUGUGUAGGCGAUCCAGCCCUCGUGCAGUCACUCCUGGAAGAGGGGGUAGAUGUGAACGCGCAGAGUGAUGUGUUCGACUCGGCUCUUGUCAACGCCGCGCGCUGGGGCCAUUUGCUCCUCGUCCGCCUUCUCAUUGCAAACGGCGCCGACGUGCAUAAAGAUGUGCUUCAUGAUGUUGGAGGAUAUCAGGUAUCAAGAGAAGAGAUAGACGGCGGGUUUUCAGAAGAUGAGAAAGAUUUUGUGGGCUGGUUUAUACGGGCGCCUGCUGUCUGUCACCCACUGCAGGCAGCCGCACUUGGGGGGCAUGAAGAUAUUAUUAAUCUGCUCCUUGAGCCUCACCUCAACCUCUCCAGAUCAUCUUGCACUUUCUUCCACUCCAUCAUAUCCGCCGCGACGGGGGGUAGUGCUAACGUUCUUCGGGUGCUCAUGGCUAGUGCCGACUUUGCUGCCAUUGGCCCGCGCUUCAAGAGACUGGUGCUAGAUCAAGCACUAAAGAAGGCUGCUGGCGGGGGUCAUCUCGACUGCAUGGCAUUGCUAAUAGAUGCCGGUACACCGCUAGGAUACAAUGGCGACUUGGAGGGCCAGAAUCCCCCGCUCUUCUACGCGGCUAAAAAGGGGCAAAACAAGGCCAUUGAGCUGCUGUUGGACCGAGGCGCAAAUGUAAACCUGUCGCGGCUGGCGUGGGAUCACCCUUUAACAGCCGCAGCAACUGCUGGAUAUCCACGGGCCCUGAGCCUCCUUUUGGAUCGUGGCGCAGUGUUCAAUAGCAAUGGAGACUGUUUGGGUGCUAACCUGGUCAAGAGAAGGGUGCAGGCCUGUGCCCUCAAGGUAAUACUUGAGAGAGGGUACCACAAAUCAAACCGAGACUCGGUUCUCCGAUGCCUUCAGAGUGCAAAGAAGAAGAAGCGCUGGGAUCUUGUGGCCUUGUUUCGUGAUUACGGUGUUACUCCUCCCAAACCCAAGAAACUACCUGCCUGA